AUGCCUCCCCGUCGUAGCCUCCGUUCUUCUCAAGCAACCCGCCCUCCCAACUCCGAACCCUCCCCCGAGCCUGAGCCCGAAGUCCAGCCUAGGGGAACCCAGCGGCGUACCCGUACCAGCACGGGCGAGGGGACCCAGCGCCCCCGGACACGGACACGAACAGGAUCUGGCGAGGGAGCUACGCAACAACGGGGGGAGGGGAAUACCGCUCAUGAUGUUCCUGGGGGGACGCAGAGGGUGAGGACGCACUCGGGGGAGGAGGGGACACGCCGUUCCCAAGCUAGGAAGGCGCGUCCCCCAGCGCCGGAAGCCGAUUCAGACGAAAACGACCACCUCGAAGGCGAGGGCGCAGGGGAAGGGGCUGCGCCAUCUGCGUUCUUCUCCCUCCAGACGUUUAGGAACCAGCCUGUGGACUCGGGGAGCGAUAGGAUGUUGCGCGCUUUCCUUACGAAUUGGAGUAUGCCGGCUGGGCAUGCGGAGGAGAGGGGGGUGGGGCUGUUGGCUGAUACUGCUCGGGCUGUUGGGGAGGCGGGGGGGGAUGAGGAGUUGGAUAGAGAACUGGAAUCGGCUAUCAGGAAGAUGAUCGACGUCCAGCAACGUAUCCGUGCGCAUACAGCAACUCUAGACGGGCUAAGACAGCGGAUAGCCCAAGGGGAGAAACUCGCUGACCUGACGGAGUUGUACACUCAAGGAGCGCAGGAGAAGUGGGAGGUUUGGGAGGGGAAGACUGCUAGACAGAGGUAUGGGAAGGACGAGGGGUAUUUCCAGUUCCGCGAUGGGGUUUGGCAAGGACAGAACGGGGACGAUAAUGCCAUGGCGCCGGAUUUCAUUACCAAGGAGCUUGAGCGUGAGGACGGCGACCUUGCGGACGAAGACGAGGACAUCUUCGUCGGGGGGAACACCCAGCAACUCAAGUGUCCCCUAACGCUGCGGUACCUCACCUCCUGCCUCACUUCUACCAAAUGCAAGCACUCUUAUUCCCGGGAAGCGAUCCUCCAGUAUCUCCCUCCCCAGGGGGGAAAACAGUGCCCGGCUACGGGGUGUGACGUCCUGGUGAGCAGGGCGGAGCUGGUAGAGGAUAAGGACAAGGAGAGGAGGGCGAGGCGCGCGGAGGAGAAGGAGAGGGAGGGACAUUUGGGCUUGGACGAGGAACCGGUUGAGGAGAUGGACGAUAGUGUGGUCUUGUAG